AGGAGAAGAGGUGGAAAGGAAAAAAAAAAAACUGUCGCGUGUGGAGGCGGGCAGGCAGCAAAGGUCCCCCUCGCCGACGGUGACGUGACGACAUGGAGCUCACCGGUGCCGCGCUCCGGCGGUCCCUGCCGGCGGCGUCCCCGGCGGCCGCGAGGUGGAGGGGGAAGGGGCGGAGGAGGGCGCCGGCCAGGGUGUCCUGCGUCGGGGGCGGGGGGUUCGCGGAGGAGGGCCACCUCAGGUACUACGAGGCCGCGGCCCCGCGGAGGAAGGCCGUGGAGGCGGUGGCGAGGGACCUGGCCAAGCUCCGGGCCAUGGGGCUCGUCGCGGGGGACGCGGCCAAGGAGAAGGUCCUCUCGGAAGCCACGGAUCUUCUGCUGCAGGAGCUGAACCAGAUGAAGGACGAGGAAUACAAGAUGAAGAAGGCCCAGAAAGAGGAGGAGAAGGCUGCCAUGAAAGCACUGAAGCAGCAGCAGAAGGAAGCGAAGCAGGCUGUCACAGCCGCCAUGAUGAACUGCGAAGAUGAGUCGUCCUCUGAAUCAAGUGAGAGCGAUUGUGAGGACGAGCAAGCCAUGAAUGUUGAGCUGGACAUGGUGAUCUCGGCAGCAGUUCCUGAAGUUGUUGCACCCGGCGUAUCGACUGUCUCCGCAAUGGAGUGCGAGAAGGCUGCAAUGAAGGCCAUGAAGAAAAUGGAGAAGGAACGAAUGAAGGCCAUGAAGAAGAUGGAGAAGGAGCAGAAGAAGGCUGCGAAGAAGGCCAUGAAGAUGGAGAAGGAAGCAAAGAAGAUGGCCAUGGCCACACUGAAUGGCUGCAGGGAUGAAGACGAUUCCUCGUGCUCAUCAGAGUCCAGUGACAGCGAAUGCGAGGGGGAGGUUGUCAGGAUGAGCCGCUGCGCUACAAUCACCGCACCACAAAUGCCAUCUCCAAGCACGGUUUUCCCCAUCAUAGUUCCUCAAAUUCCACCCUCGCUGCCUUCGGAGCCAUCUCAAGCUUCAGAGCCUGCAACUGCAAUGCAAGUCAACAGCAUCAGCAGCAUUGCAGUAGCUGAGACAUCCACAACCAACAGAAUCGAGGUCUGCAUGGGUGGCAAAUGCAAGAAAUCAGGCGCGCUUGCUCUUCUGCAGGAGUUCGAGAAGACUGUGGGCACUGGAGGUGCGGUCGUCGGGUGCAAGUGCCUAGGAAAGUGUGGCCUAGGGCCCAACGUGCGCCUGAGGAGCGAGGUCUCAGCGGAAGGUUCUUCAAAGAGGAACCCACUUUGCAUCAGCGUAGGGUUAGAAGAUGUUGGCACCAUAGUGGCAGGUCUCUUCGGGGAUGUUGAGCUGGGCAUGACGUCCACCUAGACCUAGCACUCUUGGCAAGAGUUGAAGCUGUAUUAGCUGUUGUUGUACUGAACAAAUAUACAGCACAGACCAUAGCUACGGCCCUGCUUAUGUACUAUAUAUAGAACAUCUAAAUCUAUGCUAAUCAAGGUUUCAGAUUUGAGAUCCA